GUCAUUGAACAACAAGACUCGCUCGAUGGCAGGCGUCUUCCUGCCAAUAUGAAAAAAAGAGUGCUAAGUAACUCUGUUACAAAAUUCGCGAUAGUGGAAUUUAUAUGUUAUCUUUGUUUUAUAAAAUAUUUAUUUUUAUAGUGUUAUUACAUUGAAAACCAUAUUUUUAUUUAUUAGUGAAUGAUAGUUAAUUAUUGUAAAAGCGUUUUACGGGUGUUGUAAUCUCCGUGUAUUGCCCUGUGAUUGUUUUGUUUAAAAUAUUUUAAUCUUUUUAAACAAAUUUGCAAAAUGAGUGGCAGUGUAAUAAAAAACAAGCUCGUUCUAACCAUGGUAGUGUGAUCGAUUUAUCUACGAGUGAAACCAACGGCGUGUCAUCGGAGUUGAUAGAAACAAUCCUGAGUACUGGAAACGUACACAAUUGUGGCCAACACUAAUUCAAAUAUGUGUUGUGAUUUACAGAUGCUCUCGGUACAAGUGCCGGGGUGCGCGGGCAUGGAGCGGCUGGGCGCGCCGGGGGGACCGCGCCUGCGGCACGACCACAGACACCAUCAUUCCACAUUGGAAUGGGAGAAACAACAGAGGUUACAAGCGAUGGUUGGUCGCUUGCAAGAAAUGGUGGAGCAGGAGACGCGCGCGCGGUCUGCCGCCGCCGCAGAACGCCUCGGUUUACCACCCAGCAUACAGCUUCCCGACGGCGAGUACGGUCAAGACGCGCAUCUACAGUUACGUGUCCCUUAUCAGGUCCCAAGCCGAGCUGACGAGAAGCAGUUUUCAACCUCCACCGAACAAGUGCGUGAGCGACGUGCCCGAGUGGGCGGGAAUGGCGGACGCGCCGCCGGGGCGUCGGGGUCCGGGCGGCGGGGGCGGCGGCAAGAAAGACGGCCUUCUGCAAAAGGCGACUCGAUGGUGGGUGCGCAUGGGCGCGCGACCGCCGCCCACGUUCCUGCCGGCCAGCGCGCCGCCGCCCUGCGUGAUGGUGCCACGCCGGGCUGCGCCCUCGCCGCCGCCCGACGCGUGACGUCGCCGCAUCUCCGCACCUCUCUAUCAUAUCACGCUUACAUUCCAUUAUCGGGACGAUCAGACUCGUCGGAGUGCACGCGCGUCCCGGAGUAUUAUAGACUUGAUAAUUUAUUUAUUUGGGACUCGCGCCCGCCCGACCGGGCUGCGGAGCGCGUACGCGUGCUUUGUGAUAUGUGCGACAGGGUCGUGUAGUGACAGUGCAGACCGUACGGAGUGAGGCGGGGCGACCGACCGCCGCCGCCGCGAGCGUAACUAGUCUUGAUACUUUAAUCGGUUUAGACGUAGAGAUAAUUGUUUCUAUUGAAAUUUUAUGAAACUAGACGAGGUUUCACUGCCCGCUAUUCGUGUUAUAGGUGUGUAUGGCGUUGCAUUGAGUGUGCGUCUGUGUUCCUCGCACUGUCUUUGAGUUUUUGAAAACUAAGACUGAAAUAAAUAAAAAAGAUAACACUUUAAAGUUUACAUUGAAUAUGUUGUCUUAGGUAAAAUUAAUUCAAAUAGAAACAAUUAAAAUAUUUAAAGAAUCUUUCGAUUGUAACCUUCGAUGAUAUUGUAUAUUAUGAAAAAGGUCAGUCAAUAGUAUGCUAUUAAUGUCUUGCAAUGUACAGUUCAUGUUUAAGUAACCUAUUUUAAAGUUUAAUUUCUAUCCAGCAGCUAAAAUCUGUGUUUAAACAACUUUUAUAUUUAUUUAAAUAUAAUGUAUAAAAUAAUGCAUAUCAGUACAGUAAUCACAAGGAAUAUUAAUUUACAAAGCAUAGUUACUAUUUUAUUGUAAAUAUUGUCUCUAAUUUAAUGUUAGAUUAUGCAAUGACCGAAUGUCAAAAUAUGAAGGUCGUUUUCAUUGAGUGUUUAUUACAUUCCAUAUUUAUGUUGAAAUAUUUUAAAUUCUUGCUUAUCUGCCGACAACCGACAACCCACUAAACUGAUUAAAUAGUUUGCCGUCUUGGUCUUUACCAUUAAACUAAAAAUAUGUCAUGCUGACAAUAAUUAAAUAGUGAGUAAUUUUUUCAGUGCAGAUAAAUCUCUUUAGAGAAUAGUCAUUAAUUAAAUAAAAAUUGGUUGAAUUAGUUUUAAAUUAAAUAUGUAUUUAUUAAUUAUAUCAUAAGGUCAGGUAUUAGAGGCCUGCUUGCAGGCUCAAAUAUAUUUUGAGAUAACAUAUAAUUGUAUUCCUAUUAUAAAUUAUUCAAACUUCCCACUGUAGUCAUCUAAAAACGUGAUAUACCUAGCUAAAAUUUGUUAAAUUACUCGCAUAUUUUCUGCUAUAGGCCUGUAAUUUAGUCCAUAAAUUAUAAAAACUUGUAAGCAUAGCUAGAUAAUAGUAAUUGGCCUGUAUCUCGAAAAAUUCUGGUGCUUAAUGAAAAUAUAAAUUUAAAUUGUGAAUUUGCUUUAUUUCUUUAAAAGUAAAACAUUUUACCCAUUGCCAUUUAUUAUAGUCUCCUAUUUAAUUUUUACGAAUGUUUAAAAUAAUUUAAUGAUGAUAAUAUCGUAACAGUAAUUAACCAAUAAUAAUUACCGGUAAAGCUUACAAAUUUUUAAAUGGUCAUAUCUAUGGUGAAUAUGUAUUAAUUUGACAUAAGUUGCAGUUUGUAAAAUUUAAAUUGUAUCCCUGUAUUCAAUUGUCUGACAAAUAUUCUAUACAAAAAACAUAAUAAUAAUUGUUGAUAAUAUUGAUAAAAUGCAAUACUAAACAUAAUUUACAAUGUAUAAGUAAAUAGAUAUAUAUAAAUAUAUAGAAAGAUUCUAAUUUCUUGACUUUUGUCAGACCAUAGCCUGAAAUUGAAAACCAAACAAAAAUUUAAAUUAUUUUCAAGAAUAAUUACGAAAAUAAAGGAUUUGAAAAGUGUCUUUUAUUUUUUAAUAUUUAUAAUAUAUCCAAAUUAAACCAGAGACAGCACUAAUUUCAUGAAUACUAAAGAAAUAUUCUUGCUUUAAAAAUGGCGAUGAGACAUCUGAUUUGUUAUUUAUUCAUUAGUUAAGUAGGUAACAAAAAUUGUUGUCAAAUUUGUUAUCUUCUUAGAAUUGAGAUAAUUUUUAAAUAAUUAGGAACAUGAUGUUGAAUGUUGUUUUAGAUCCUGUCAUAUGAUUUCCUAUGCAAGGCAAAAAUAUUAAUUAAUAAAAUCAAUCGUAAAUGUAAAAAAGAUAUGAUUAUUUUUAACUUAAAAAUUAAACAAAUUUUUGUCAUGAAGGAUAUAGUUAAAAAUGAUUGUAAACUAUUUUUUUUAAUGUGUGUCUCCAAUUUAUUGUACCUUACUAUCUUAAUAGUUUUAAAUUUUUAGAGGUGGUAGUAAAGCUGUCCUUGUACAAAAUGCUGGUAUAAUAUAAAAGUUGUUUAAAAUAGUGUCACAGAAUAGAUAUUUAAUCUAGAUAUCAAACAAUAUUCCAUUUGUCAUAUUAAUAAGUAAAAGCAAAAGCAAAUUUUUAAUAAAAAAAAAUUACAUUAAAUUAUGACCUACCAAUAAUUAA